ACGAAUCAGAUAGAGAACAUGAUCCAUAUCCGCUCAUCCCAACUAAUUGUUAAUACUCAUCCAAAACCGGUUAAAUAGAUCAAAUAUUCAAAUAUAACGAGUUAGAUCGAAAUUGUCAUUCGUAUCUGAACUACGUUUCUGCGGCUAAGUCAACCCACCAACCACUGCUUCGCCGAUCAAAUAUUCGGAUUUGGGCUUAGGCCGCUCUGAUUCGAAUCCAACUUCUGCAUGUUGGAUCUAUACAUAUGGUUGGCCCAAAAUUGCUACCUGAUUCGACCCAGCCUGAAGGCCCACAAACUUCCAGCCCACAAACCUCUUUUCGGCUGCAACUCGACUUGGUUCAUCGUUUCCCUUCCACGCUUCCCCUCGCCAUGGCGGCAAGCAAUUCUUUCAUUUGAAUCAACACAAGUACACAACCUCUGCGAGCAAGCACAAAUUGUACACCGCCGUCAUCUCCCGUCCAGCAAUCCUACUAAUCAUUACUGCACAUGAAUGUAAGCAUUUGCUUCUCAGAUCUGGCCUCCGAGCAUGACGAUCUCCCCGCCGUCAAAGCCUGCAAACAGCAAUCGCGCUGCUCUAGUAAUGAACCAGAUAAUGUCAGUGAUGAUCCAAGCCCGCCCCUUCGACGAGCAUCUCGCCUCAGCAACCACCUCCCGCGCUCUCUUGACGGCGGAUUUGGUAUCCGACGUUCUCCGCUCCAUACCCAGGUUCUUUUUCAUCUCCCCUCGCUCCAUCGGCAGGCAGAGCACUACCCGCCACCGCUCGCCGAUGAAACAGCGCAAUCUCGAGGUGGAAUACUGUAAGCGUCGCGACGGAGUUCUAGUUCUCGGUCCUGGAGCUUACAGGGAUCCGAGGAGGGUGAAUUUGGGGGUGAGCAAGGCUGUGGAGUUUUUCAGUUGGGUGGAGACGAAUUUAGGGUUUCAGCAUACCGAAUCUUCAUGUCGAGACAUGGCUGUUGUGUUGGCGCGGGGGAAUAGGGUGGACAUGCUGUGGGAAUUUCUCAGAGAAAUGGCCAGAAGAGGAGGAAAUGGUGGUGAAACAAGUCUUGUUACCACACCGACCGUUACCUGUUUGAUGAAAGUCCUAGGAGAAGAAGGCCUGGUGAAACAGGCAUUGGCUCUGUUCUAUCGGAUGAAACAGUAUCACUGUAAGCCUGAUGUUUAUGCGUACAACACAAUGAUUUACGCUCUCUGCAAGGUCGGGAAUUUCAAAAAGGCGAGAGCUUUGUUGCAGCAGAUGGAGUUACCAGGGUUCAAGUGUCCCCCCGAUACGUUUACCUACACUAUAUUGAUAAGCUCUUACUGUAAGUACAGUCUGCAGACAGGGUGUAGGAAGGCAAUUAGGAGGAGGUUAUGGGAGGCAAACCAUCUGUUUAGGCUGAUGCUGUUUAAUGGGUUCGUCCCUGAUCUUGUUACUUACAAUUGUUUGAUCGACGGAUGUUGCAAGACUCACAGAAUCGAACGGGCGACGGAGCUUUUUCAAGAUAUGAAUAAAAGAGGUUGUGUCCCGAAUCGGGUAACUUACGAUUCUUUCAUUAGAUACUACAGUGUGGUGAAUGAGAUUGAUAAAGCUGUUGAGAUGUUGAGGAUGAUGCAGAAGAUGAAUCAUGGGUUGCCCACUUCAAGCUCGUACACCCCUAUAAUACAUUCUCUUUGUGAAGCAGGAAGAGCGUUGGAGGCUUGGGAUUUCCUUGUCGAGCUUGUUGAUGGGGGCUCGAUACCUAGGGAGUACACGUAUAAGCUCGUUUGUGACUCGUUAAAAUCAGCGGGACUAGAGGGCUCCCUAGAUGAUAAGUUCCACAAGAAGAUUAUUGAAGAAGGUAUAGAGCACAGAUUUAGGGAGGUGAAGAAGGCGAAACCAGUUAUGGCUUGCAAGUCCCUGCUGUAGCAAGGUUGAAAAGUUCUGUGUCGAGACAUUCUAUGAGCUAUGGUACUCUGGAUAUCUGGUGCCUUGGACAAAUAUCGUCUUCCCUCUGCUUGUGCUGAGUUGGGGAGUUCCACAGAGUGAGUAAUUGGAAAGAACAGUGCUUCCUAACCUCAAAGGUUUCAGAAAUCAUCGUCUUUCCUAAAGGAUUCCAGUUGCUGUUCUUGGAGGAAGAUGACCAGAUUUUCUGGAGCUCGAACAGUCAUUAACGGCGCCAGGGACUGCAGGGUUAUGCGAUGUUCUCUAGAGUUUGCGUAAUCGUGAAGAAGUAUAAAGAGGGCAACUCGUAUGUCAGUAUCCAGCAAUUCGGGAAGUUCAACUGGAGGUGAGGAUAUCAUUCUGACGUAACUUGAAAUUGCAAUGCUGUUCAAAUCGAGUCUUUUUUUAACCGGUCCACACGUUGUAUUCACCACUGCAGUUGCAGACACGUUUUCAAAAUCAGGAGGAAGGAAUGAGGAAAUGAAGUUGAUAAAACUCGUCUUGAAUGGAUUCAGGUGACUGACAAGGAUAGACUAUAAACUUAUAAAGAGUGUGGUAUAUUUCGUAUCUCUCCAUGGUAAGGGACUGUGUGGCUAACAUUAGGACUAAGCAUAUCGAAGUGGAUCGCCAUGUAACAUUAGGACUCCUGACUCUUUUCCAUUUGAACAUAGAUCACUAAUUAGCCGAUUUGUUUACUAAAGGGCUAAUCUAAUGACAUGUUUAAGCUCUUGCUCUCCAAUCUGGGUCUAUAUGAUCUGUACUCGCCAGUUUGAGGGAGGUGUAUGAAGCAGAGUGCAUAAGUGCAAGGAAGAAGAAGAAGAAGAAGAAGAAAGCCCUGUGGGCUGUGGCACUGGCAGAGUUUCUCACACCGUAUGAAAAUUUCUGGUAGAGUUGCGAGCGAUUGAGGUAACUUUCUUGAGAGGUCUCAACCUAAUGAUCACCCACCAAAACUUCUACCCAUGAUCAUUGUCCGUUAAUCAUAUAUAUAUGAGUAUUUUUCUUCUUCAUAAAUGAGUAUUUUAAAAGGGGAAUCUCGACGAGAAAAGUUGGGUUGUCAGUAUGCUUUCAAGUGUGCUAUGUCUAUGACGUCCAAUCUGGAGAAAAUGCAAAAACUGAGAAACCCUAAUACUAGGCUGGAAAAAUAGACAAGACCGUUAGAAAAACUGUGGUCCAAACCGUACCACAAAGUUUGGUCCGGACCGUAGACCGUUAAGUAUGGUCUGGUCUGGUCCAUGGUCUGUAUUAUUUUAUGUUUUGAUCUCUUGGUCUGGUCUGGUCUAGACCACGGUUUACCGGACCAAACCGUGGACCCAACUGACUUGUCAAUACGUGUUAACAGCCCAUUCGACUACUCUCCCAACUCCCAAAACGACACCCAAGUCUCAACCUUAGUUUUGUGAUCUCGUCCCUCCUUCAUUCACAACCACAUUUAACGAGAGAGUAGAGAUAAUCGUGUCUCCAUAUGAUAUUAUGUUAAUUUUAUGACGUUAUGGUGCAAGUUGGGAUGCUUUUACUUUGUAUCUUUGUUAUGUACUAAGAUUUAGAGUAUCAAAAUUAUUCGUGCAUGUUAGGAUUAAUGUUUUAAGGCAAAUACCAAUAUUUUUUCUUUGUUAUUGGUUCAAUUUUUUGUGUGGUUGACUAAGCAAAUUAUUCAUUUUUCGUUGAGUGUGGUCUAUUUGGACCAGACCAGACUGAACCAGACCACAUAGGCGUGGUCUGGACCGGACCGUAUAGUAUGUGGUCUGGUCUGUAGUCUAUACUUUAGCCUCUCGGUCUGGACCAUAGACCGUAUAUAUGGUCUGGUAUGGACCAGACCGCAUCGUUUCCCAGCCCUACCUAAUAUUAUGGUUAUAUGAACGGAUGCAACAUUAUAAUUAUCAUUAGUAUGGGUAAAUACAAUAUAUUAGCCACAACUAUUAUGAAGCAGGGAAUUAUAGUCACAACUAUGGAAAUUCAAAUUAUCAGCCAAACGUUAACUCUCUGUUAACAAUUCCGUUAAUAAUGCUGACUAAACUUUUAUGUUUCAAAGUUAUAAAUUAAAAGCAGUCCGACAUGGCUGCUGCCGUGGCCGAUGACGUGGCCUUCUCCGUUAAAAAUUUAAUAAUAGUAACGGACAGUUAGCCAUAUCUUGACCCGCAAUAAUAGUUAUGACUAAUAAUUUGAAUUUACAUAGUUGUGGCUAUAAUUUCCCCGUAUUGUAUUUACCCUAAUUAGUAUUAAUUAUGGCUAUUCUUCUUCUUCUGACUAGUAACUUUAUUUCUGGAAUGACCCGAAAGAGCUUGGGACGUACAUUUUCGGCAGAUACACAUGAUAGUCAAAACUCAAAAACACAUGACAACUUCGUCUCUAUCUAUAUCCAUGUCUUGUCCGCAACAGGUAGAUAUCUUUCUGAUAUACAAAAGGGAAGUGUACAUUAAAAAGAAGAACAAGUAGAUGGUCUGUUGCCAUCAAGUACCAAGUAACAGAAACGACCAAUGGAAAGUAGAAACCUAACUUCCAUAGUUACUCAACUAAUUGACAAACGCAAAAAAAAAAAAGAAGGUCAUAGAAAUAAAUUUCUUUAAAUAUUUUUUUUCAUUAAAUAUUAUAAUUCCCACAUAUAACACUGGCUCUCCUAAAAUUUCAGACCAUAAUUAAAAACACAUGUGAAAUUCGUAAAAAAAAAAAAAAAAACUAAUAGUCAAGUUUUUGAAUCUUCUUGUUUGGCCAUUCCAGUUUAAAUCUCUUCAUCUUCAUUUUUCUAGCUCAGGGCGAUGGAUGUAUUAGUGGCGUCAAUUAGUUAGUCAGUAGUGGUUAAUCGAAUAAAAGAUAUUAGGUGUUAAUAGUUUUCAUAAGGGUGAUUGUUAGAAUUGAGGUUUGACCCUAAGGUGUUGUGUAUAUUAUCAACCUCAUAGUGAUGACACACAUUUUAUGUAUAUUUUAGACCCAAAUUUUUUAGGUGUUUGGAUGUCAUUAUAUAUCAUCAUACAUUGGCCAUUUUAGAUUGAUAUUGUAUUAUAUGUGACUAUGUUAUAAACAAGUUGGUCACAAUAACUCGAGUUGUUGAGAGAAGGUUAUCAUGAAUCUUAUACCACUCUCUAACACACCCCUUCAAACGAAAACCAACCCAUGGGCUUGAAGUUUGCACAGACCCACUAUACCUUGUGCUUUUUUAAUCAACUGUUAAUAUUGGGGGUCGUGGAGAUUCGAACACACGACCACUUGGCCAAACCAGGGCUCUGAUACUAUGUUAUAAACCAGUUGGUCCUAAUAACUCGAGUUGUUGAGAAAAAGUUAUUAUGGAUCUUAUACCACUCUCUAACAGACUAAAUGGUGAUAUUCUAGGACUUAGCAUGAUCUCUACGGGUUUUUGGCCAUUUGGCUCAUAAACUAUUCAUUCACAUCCUAUUCUAUGCUAGGUUGUGUUUUCUCACUUGAUUUCAUGUCAUAGCGAGUCAUGGAAGAUUUUUUUGCAAGUUUUGGGUCAUUGGGAUGUCAUCUGGAGCUAGCAAAAAAGGAGUAAAUAGUAGGGUAAUGUUUAUUUUUUAUCUAAAUCUUUUUUUCAUAUUCUUUUAUAUCAUCCAGACCUAUUAAAAUGCUAUUAAUUAGCCAAAUAUUUCAUAAUGUAUCAAAAUAUUAGUCAUUUUUACGUUAUCGUUACUAAUUUUGUAACUAUUUUAUUAGUUAAAAUACUAAAAUUUUGGAAUGUUGACAUUCAUGUGUCUCUUCCAAGUCAGUAUCAUGCUGUCAAGCCAAUAUUACUAACAAAAUUUGCUAACUGAAAGUUAACAUUUGGCUAAUUCUUAGUAUUUCGAUAGAUUUGACUAAUAAAAAAGAAUAAAAAAUUUUUGACUAAUAAAUAGUCAAUUACCCUAAAUAGUACUUCUCAAGACCAAAAUCACAGGCUAUGGAAAGGGAAGUCGUGACCGCGAAUUGAAGAACCCGUACGUGAACGACCGUGACCCUCCCCUUUAACUUCCUCAACUUUUCUGAGAACAUGGAUUAAAUCCAAGUAUCAUCAUGGCUGUGAACUCAAGGUAGUGAUCUUUCUCAUGGACACGAAUUUAUAAGUUCUAAGGAAUGUUUUUGGACAAUGGGGGAAUCAUAGAGAGAAAAAAAAAAACAGAGAGUUAUGAAAAUGUAGAGGGAGGCGUGAAUUAGAGAAUUUUGGGAGCCAAAUCUUUGUCAUCCAAUCCAAAAUUCUCCCAAGAUUGAAAACGAUAUUGCUCAAUUAAUAAGGAGAAGAUGAUUCUAGCUCAAGGUUGGUGUUCUUCUUCCUCUUUGUACACUCUUUCAGUCUCUAUGCAUCUUGUUGGUUACACGAGUACCAUUGAUCCAACCUAUAUCCUAGACAAAUUUAACCAUAAGCAACCACCGACCUCUAGUGAUCCUCCUUGUACUUAGUUUUGUUUCUUUCAUUUGUUAGUUUAGUUUAGCUCGGUUGACGAUGAAGAUCAAAGUGAAUCUAUCAUAUAUCCAUGGGUCUGUUUCUUUUUUUCAAAUAUAUAAUGAUUUUACCGGCUGGAACUGCAAGGAUUUUUUUUUUUGACAAUAAAGAUACUUCAUUUCAUGAAAAGAUUGUGUUACAAGCAAAGCCAAUCACAGGAGAGGGGAGACAAGAUUAAGGAUCUGAAUCCAAUCUGUUGGGAGAGUACCAUUACGCGCCUCUUUAGCAACCCAAUCAGCUCUUUUGUUACAAGCUCUAGGUACAAAGGAGACCACGAUUCUAGCAUUGAUUGAAAGAAUAUGCUGCAUACAGUGAAUCCAUGCCAUGAUCUGCCACGGGCCUCUCUUGUUGGGGGACUACAAGGAUUGAAGUAGCUUUUUUUCUCCAACUUUGUGUUGCAUCACGAACAAACUCUGAAAUCGAAUAAAAGAUAAGAUUUCGU